GGCAAAACUACCGCCUCCCAUGGCCUCUCCCACUCAAUAAAACCCACACGCUCACCCAUGGCGAGCGAGAUGAGGGAGGCGCAAGAAAUAUCCUUACCGAACGAUGUCUUGCACGAGAUGGGCCGGCAGGUACGCACCAGAACGAAACAUCAUUGACCAAACAGCAGCAUGCCCUCCUGUUUGCUCUCCCAGGUGGUUGCUGAGCAGCGGCUUGCAGAUGGCCUCGACAGCCACUCUGAGUCACAGCAGCCCGAAUGCGUCAUCACAGGCUCAGAAGGACGAGGCACACCGCACUUCGCCGUCUUGGGAGGCGAUUGUGGAGCACCAGCUGUGUUCUACGUGAAGCGACGGACAGUCUGCGGUCUGAGGGAGGCGUUCCAGGUCAGAUCAUCACAGUGGAGAUGGAGGGAUGGAUGCUGUUCGCAGAGAUGCACGCGUGUUUGUGUGUGUCUGUGUGUGUUUGUGUGUUUGUGUGUGUGUGGUGUGCGGCAGCAAGCUCUUGCUGAGCGGGAGAAGCUACCCGAGUGGCAGCUGUGGCAGCAGCAAACACAUGAGCAGCCAGGUACCCACACACCUGAUCAACCCAAAGCCACGCAUCCAUGUGUCCGUCCAUCUCUCCUGCAGACCCUGCUGCUGCUGCUGCUGCUGCAUCACCAGACAACCAUCACCUGCCGUCCCACGCCACGCUGCUCCGCUACGGCAGCGACCUGAUUGACCUGCACUGCAGCUCUCUCACCGACCCCAGGGACAGCACCAUUGUCAGCCUCCAGUUCGCACACCUUCCUAGCACCGACACGUAUGGCUUCGUGGCCCACUCUACCAAGGACGCGGUCAGGGAGGUGUUUGACUGCGGGGCGCGGGGGAGGGGCAGUGUCAGCCGCAUGCAUGACGCCUUCUUGCGGGCGCUGGCCUGGCGGGACGCCAUGCUCAAACAACUAGGUGGGUGGGAGAGGGAGGGACACGGGGGGGACGGAGGGGUGGGAGGGUCGUGUGCUUAUUCUUGGGCUGGGGUGCGUUGUGUCGUGUCAGUAGUCAAGAGUGAGCCCGCCGCCGAGCUGAGCCUACCACUGGGUGAGUGAGCCCACCGGCACAGACACAACCACACACGGAUUGGGCUGUCUGCUGCCCUUACUUGUGCCCUGUCUGUGUGUCAUGUGUAAUGGAUUGAUUAUUCAGGGGAGCCAACUGGCGUGUUUGGGGCGUGUGGGAUGCCGAGGUGUCCGCCAGGUGUGGACGCGGCGGUCCACCAGCUGAUUGUUGAGGAGGCCAACAGACUUAUCGACUCGCACCGGGCAAAGGAGGGCAAGAUGGAAAACGGCGCCAGACUGCCAGGCAAGCGCCACCACGACCCACCCACCGACCCACCGACCGACCCACAUUCCUACCAUUUCCCUCUGUCCCCUGCCUUCCUUCCUUGUCUGUCUGCAGGGUUUCACAUAGGGUUCCGCGUGCGCUUGGACAAGAGGCACGCCACCAAUCCGUACAGCUUCUGUGUCAAGGUCUGCCUCCCCAUCGCCCCCGGCGCGUCGCAGAAAGCCGACAGAAGGCGACACUUCCCCUUCCCGGGCCGGCCUGACGUGGUGGCGCGGCUGCCACAGGUGCUCGCGGAGGCCAUGGCGCUCAGGGACGCCUGGAGAGACGAGGCGGCCAGGAAUGUCGGUAGGGCAACAAGCUUGGUGCACCCAUGGGUACCUCUAGAUAUCGAUGUGGAGUGGUGUGUGGUGUGUGGUGUGGUGUGGUGUGGUGUGGCGUGGUGUGUUCAGCUGCUGUAGGUUCGGCGAUGGCUUUGUCGGUUGAGGCAGAGGAGGCCGGCAGCGUCUCCCACUCCCACUCCCACACGGAGGGCGCCGACCAAUCCAUGACCGUGACCGACAUCAAAGGUCGGUCAAUCCACCAACCCACACACACACAGAGAUCAAGAGAGGAACAGAGUCAGAUGAGACCCCGCGCCCAGGGAAACAAACACUUCACUCUCUCCCGCUCCCCUCCUGUCUAUUUCUCCCCUCUCUCCCACCCAGCCGAUGCAGGUGCGUCUGACGAGCACACCAGCCCCGUGUCGGCAACCACCCUGCCGCCUUGGAUUGCCGCCCUCGACGCCAAGAUCCGCCGCCGAGCGGACGACCUGAUCCAGGCACAGCGCGCCAGGGAGGGGCUGCAUCCCGGCGCACCCCUCUGCGUGACCUUCCAUGGCUACAUGCGGUCCAGUGGCAAGGGGUCCUCGAAGCGGUACAAGGGGUCCUACCGCUUCGAGAGCCACGGCGGCGGUGUGCCCAAGAGGGUGGUGUAUGUGGGUGAUUGCAGUGAGGACACCUACUUCGCCAUGGACGGCGCCUUUGCACAGGCCGUCGCGCUCAGAGACUGCCCCAACAAUGCGUUUCGGCCGAGUGGUAGGGGCUAGGGGAGGGGGCGAGAGGGGGUGGGGCUCAGGUCAGGGAAGGGGUGCUGAUUUAUUGCGCUUCGUGUUGCUCUCCUCAGCUGCAGACGCCAGCAGUAGUGGUGCGCCCGGACCGAUCGCUACUGAGCAACCGACGGAAGGUGAUAAGAGGCAACCACACAAAUGCCGUUCGUUGUUUCCAUGCGUAUGUGUGUAUGGUAGCAGUUGACGUGAGUCAUCUGGCGAGGGAUGCCUCCCACCUGAUGGACUGUAUCGCCUCCCGGCUGCCCCCCUCCAUCCGCCUGUCCUUCUCCCCCCACGAGCUCUGCUGGCGCGUCAUUUCCCUCACGCCCACGUGCCGCACCACCAAGGACUACUUCAUUCCCGACAGAACACCCACGGCGCUCCGCCGCACUCUGACCGUCGCCACCAACAUGCUCACCAAGGCACUGGGCAUCGAUCUGCCCUUCCCCGGACGCAUCACGGAUGACCCCGAGCUGCUGCAGGAUGGGCCCGAUCUGCCCCUGGGACAUCCCACCUACCAGUUCCAGCAGCAGCAGCAGCACCAGGAGGGGUUUGAACAUGGUGGUGGUGGUGGUGGGUCGUCGGGUGUGGCGCUUUACGAGCAGUGGAGGGCGCUGCCUGGGAUCCCGAGUGACAGUGCUCAGGGGGGCCGGGGGCAGCAGCAGCGGCCCGUGCGGCCCGUCCUCACCAAACGGCCCACUUCUCAUGGCUGGAGCAAACGUAUGGAAGCCAACCAGCAAAGCCAGCAUGACGCAUCCACUGCCUCUCUCUCUCCCUCUCCCUCUCUCAUCGUCUGCUCUCUGUCUGUCUGUUUGUCAGUGCCCGAGUCGCUGCGGGCGGCCGUGACCCAGCAGUCGCGUGAGACCAUCGAUCGCUACAAGCAGGAGCAGCAGGCCCUGGCCCCUGACAAGAAGAGCAUACCCUCCCUCAGGAUCGCCUUCAAACCAGACCGAGGCCACUUCCGCGCCAAGGGCCCUCACGACAUGUCAGACCGGACCUUCCCCGUUGUAGCACCCUACGGCACCGAUCAGGUGGACAAGGCCUUCAGCGAGGCCCUGCUGUAUCGCUGGGGCGUCAUAGUCCCUGAGGAGGCUUAUGCAAUUCCCACUUUAGAAGAGGGGGGCGGAGAGAGCGGCACCACCCACACCAACAAGAGGCCACACGAGGAGGGAGAGGCCGACCAGGGUACGUAUGCGUUGUGGGCGUGUCGGAGGGUGUUGGUGUGACGUUGUCGAUAUGUCUGUGUGUGUGGUUGCAGAUGGUGCGCCUGAUGGCGAUGCUUGUGGGUCGUCCGAGCCUGCAAAGGCCAAGACGAAGAGGCGGAAAAGAGACAAGGGUGAGCCCCCCUGCUUCGUCGAUUGCCCCUCUUUGAUCCAAUCUGUCUGCCUCUUUGUGUUGUGUGUUGUGUGUGUAUUAUGGAUGUCACACAGAGGAUGGCGACGGUGACGGUGAUGAGGAUGGUGUGUACCACAGCAUGCCGGAGGCUGUGGGUGCGUCGGAGGGUUUCUCUGAGGCCUUCCAGGCCACGCACAACGACAUAAAGGCCAAGGGCAAAGAGAUGGUCGGGCUGUACCGGCAGCAGCUUCAGCUGGAGGAUCCCAACGCACACGCACACAUAUUCUUCUCUGCCGGUCAGUCAGUCAGUUUGGUCGCACACACCCCCCACGCCCAUCCAUCCUUAUCUCUGUGUGUGUGUCUGCGUGUCUAUCGGCAGAGAACGUGCCCCGCCGUGGUGUCAAAUAUAUCUACACGUGUUGGGUCAAGCCCGUGCGUCGCCAGAAGGUGACUGUGGGAACCCUCUCCACCGACACGCUGGCUGACCAAGCCAAGACGCAGGAGCUCUACGACAAGCUUGCGAGCAAGUUCCAGGAGGCCGUGGCCAUCCGACAGCAGCAGCUGGCCCUCAAGCAGACCAUCUAUGGCAGCUCUGCAGGCAAGGGUCGGAAUGCACUCAAGGCCGGGACCACGACAGAAGAGGAGAAAGAAGCCGAUGAGUGACUGAAUGAAUGGCGGGAGGGGAGGGCAGGAGGUGACUGCAUGAGCUCACGACGGACGCUGUGCUGUGCGCUGCGUGGUCGGUUGCUUACAGGGAGAGGGAGGGGGUCGUCUAUGGUAUUGCAAUCAUUAUGUGCAUUCAGAUCCAUCCAUCCAUCCGUCGAUGUGUGUCGCAGGCAGGGCAGGGCAGCGCAG